GGCCCUGGCCUCCUGCUCCCCGGCGCGCGGCCUGGACCCGGAGGACCUGGCUUUGCUGCGAGGCCUGGCCGAGGAGCUCUUCCCGCCCACGCUCGCCUUCCUGCAGCAGCACUGCAGCUCUGUGCUGCAGAGCCAUGCCCAGCCCUGCCGCCCCACUGCCUGGGGCGUCCCCGAGACUGCCGCUUUCGCCCGCAUCCUGCAAGCCCAGCUGGACCGGCACCUGCCGCCUGAGCAGUCCACGGGCCAGGCACCCAGCAUGGACGAGGUGGCAGGUGAGGCUGGGGCCCCUGCUCCUAGGGCUCGGGGCUGGCGGGGUCCCCCCGGGGGGUGCGGAGGUCCACGGGGAAGGGCACGGCCAGACGCUCCUGCAACCAGCUCCUUGCUUUACAGGCCGCAAGGACAGCUCCCCCACGCUGGCACCAUCCUCCUCCUCCUCCUUGAGCCAGCACCUGGACCAGCUUGUAGCCACCCAGCGCCACCAGCUGCUCCUCAGCAUCUUCGUGUUUGCCUACAUCUGGGGCUUCGGUGGCCACCUGCACCCCAGACUCAGUCACUCCAGUUUUUUCCAGCCAGUCCUACCUCCCAGGCCCUUGAUCGUGUUUGUUGCCCUGCGCUGGGCUCUGCCCGAGUCCCUCUGGAGUGUCCACAACUCCACCCAACUUGGUCAUCUGCACAUCUGCUCAGCAAGCACUCAAUCCCCUUUGCACCAGAAUCCUAGAAAACGAAGAGUUGGAGAUCACAUCUAGUGCAACCCCCUGCUCAAAGCAGGACCAGCCCCAACUACA